CAGGCGUGGGAGCCUCCGUCCCGCGCGGCUCCCUCCGGGCUCCCUUCGCCCUCCUUCCUCCCCCGGACGGACGCACUUCCGGCGGAUGUGGCGGGCGGCCCCCGGAAACGGAAGUAAGCGGCGGGGUCGACUGUAGGUAACCGGGCUGAGAGACUGUUCGCAGAGUCCGUGAAGAUGAAUGCCAGAGGACUUGGAUCACAGCUAAAGGACAGUAUUCCUGUUACUGAACUUUCAGCAAGUGGACCCUUUGAAAGUCAUGAUCUUCUUCGGAAAGGUUUUUCUUGUCUGAAAAAUGAACUUUUGCCUAGUCAUCCUCUUGAAUUAUCAGAAAAAAAUUUCCAGCUCAACCAAGAUAAAAUGAAUUUUUCCACACUGAGAAACAUCCAAGGUCUAUUUGCUCCACUAAAACUACAGAUGGAAUUCAAGGCAGUGCAGCAGGUUCAGCGUCUUCCAUUUCUUUCGAGCUCAAACCUUUCACUGGAUAUUUUGAGAGGUAACGAUGAGACCAUUGGAUUUGAAGAUAUUCUUAAUGAUCCAUCACAAAGUGAAGUAAUGGGAGAACCACACCUGAUGGUGGAAUAUAAACUUGGUUUACUGUAAUACAUUGGGCUGUUUGUGAAAACAGGGGGGCCGCAUCUUCUUUAUGGUUGUCUUUUUACUGUGAUUUGAUGUAUACAACAUUAAAAGUGCUGAUGUGAGAAGUUUUGUGAAAGUAGUAUCAGUGAUCAUUUUAACUCACUUGGACCUUUGGUUUAUGGUUAUGUGACAUUUGAAAGCACUACAGGGAGAUGAUUUUUAAACUUCUUCAUUUAUAUUUAACAGUAGCCUUCUAUGUCUUUAAAAAAGCUGUUGCUCAUGAAUAUUAUAAAACAGUCUGCAGAUUCCAGUUUAACCUAUUUUCUAGAUAUUCCAUAAAUUUAAUUUUGAGUGACCAUGAUCAGUAGUUGAUUCUGUGAACUUUAUAGUAGCAUCUUUUAAAAUAAACAUUUGUAAUUGAUUUCAGUAGCAACACUUGGAAUUGAGUACAAUGUAACAUGUUCAUUUUGUUUCAGUAUAGUCCAUUAAUAAGCAUAAGAAUAUUUGCUAUGCUGAUGCUAUUUUAGAAUUAUAGCUGUUCUCUAAUUCUUUCAGAUUGAAAAGUAUAAAUUUAGAGGUUUUGAUUUUAGUCUUUAAAAUGUAAAAUUAAAGAGCCAGGCACAGGGGCUCACACUUGUAAUACUAGAGCUCUGGGAGGCUGAGGUGAGUGGAUUGCUUGAGAUCAGGAGUUCGAGACCAGCCUUAGCAAAAACAAGACCCCUGUCUCUAAAAUAAAAUAGAGGCAGGUGUUGUGGCGGGUGCCUAUGGUUCAGCUACUCAGGAGGCUGAGGCAAGAGGAUCACUGAGCCAAAGAGUUUGAGGUUGCUAUGAGCUGUGACACCACAGCACUCUUCUGAGGGUGACAAAGUGAGACUCUGUCUCCAAAAAAAAAAAAAAGUAAAAUCAAUCAGCAGAUGCAGGUUAAACUGUUGUACUUCAUUCAAUAUGUAUUUAAUAUAUUACCAAGCAAUACUGUUAAAACUAAUAGUUCCUUAUGCUUAAUUUAUAUAUCAUAAGAAGCUUAUGUUAAAAAAUUAGAACUUUUUUUGGGUGGUGCUUGUGGCUCAGUGGGCAGAGCGCUGGCCCCAUACACCGAUGGUGGUGGGUUCAAACCUGACCCCAGCCAAACUGUAACAAAAAAAAUAGCCGGGCGUUGUGGUGGGCGCCUGUAGUCCCAGCUACUUGGGAGGCUGAGGCAAGAAAAUCGCCUAAGCCCAGGAACUGGAGGUUGCUGUGAGCUGUGUGAUGCCACAGCACUCUACCGAGGGCGAUAAAGUGAGA